AUGAGCUGCAAGAUCCUCCCCGACUUCGUCAAAGACAUGAAGUGCGAUCCCUCAGGCGGGGGAAUCACCCACCUUGGCAGGGACGGCGUCCUGCGUACCCUCUCAGCCGACUACGAGGUCCUCGACGCGCGCGGCCUGAACCCCGAGCAGAUCAAGAAUGCUCUGGCUCGUUUCCCUCCCGAGAUAAUCCAAAAAGAGGGCUUCCGUGAUGUGGACGGUACAAAGGUUACAAGUCGAGAAGUUCUAUUCCAUCCGGCGCCGGGAAUCCUGCCGACAAAACCGACUGAGGAGGAAGCUGCGGAGAAGCGGAGGCUGGUGAAGCAGAGCCAGGAGGCGUAUUUGCAGGCGAAGAGGAAGGAGUGA